AUGCCGUCAAUACCUGAUCUCCCUGGGGUUCCAGUCCCUCCCAGGAGUGAGCAGGAAAUGUGGCUCAAGAGACAUGUGGCCUUGAUUUGCCACUUGGACCAUGAACGCUUCCCUGGCAGUCAACCUGUCAGCUUUGGAAAGAAGGAUAUCGAGAAAUUGGAAAAGCAAGAUUACUGGGUCUGCGAGAAAUCCGAUGGUAUUCGCGUCCUACUGCUUGUUUGCACAAUAAAUGUUGACCAGACCGUUUAUUUGAUUGACCGGCACAAUACGUAUCGUGCAGUGUCUGGUCUAUUUUUCCCGCAUCAUGAGGAUCCAAGAAUGCCGUUGCGAAACACUCUCGUGGAUGGCGAACUUGUCCUGGAUGAGGAUCCACGGACGCAUCAGAGGACUUUGAGAUAUCUCGCCUUUGAUUGCUUAGUAGUCGACAAUCAGAACGUAAUGUCGCGUCCCCUGGACAAGCGAUACGGAAGACUCAAAGAAUGGUUCUAUAAACCACACAUGAAAAUGCUACGUGAAUUUCCGAAUAUGGCGCAGGAACAACCUUUCGAAGUCAAGGUCAAGGACCUCAGCUUCUCUUAUGGAAUCGAGAAAAUAUUCAAUGUCGACAUUCCUGCACUACAUCACGGGAACGACGGCCUUAUUUACACCUGCGUUAAUGCUCCCUAUACCCCUGGAACAGAUCCAAAUAUCCUCAAAUGGAAACCCCCAGAGGAGAACAGCAUUGACUUUAAGCUGGUUCUACGCUUCCCUCCCAACCCUUCGAACCCUAGUCAGCCCGACUUCCAUAGGAAGCCUCUUUUUGCACUGUAUGUUUGGACCGGUGACAAGCAAGGCAUGCCCCAAUACGAGCCCUUCGAUGUCAUGCAUGUUACAGAUGAAGAAUGGGAAAGAUUGAAGGCGUCCGGAGAACAGAUAGACGAAAGGAUUGUUGAAGUCGUGUGGAAUACUCAAGAGGAACACUGGCGGAUGCUACGCUUCCGCGACGAUAAACCGAACGGCAACCAUAAAUCAGUCGUGGACAACAUCAUUCAGAGUAUAGCUGAAGGUGUCGAAAAGGAGACGCUCCUAGCUCGCUGCACGGAUAUCCGCAACGCAUGGAAAGCUCGCCUAGGGCAGCCCGCAAAGCCUCCCCAGCAGUUGCCACCACCUCAAGCCCCGCCUCAAGCAUCUCAACCACCUCGUCCGCUUCCUCCCCCGCAGAAAGUCGAACUGCGCUAUGGCCCCCUAGCGACGUCCCGCUGGAGCAAGGUAGCGGGUCCGACUGUGAUCGCAGGGAUGAACAGAUGAACUGCGGGUAACCCUGCGCUCACUUGCAGCAAGAUCACCUCCGACUCGACAUUUCCUAGUCGAAUAUAGCACUAUCACCGUUCAACAUGCACCGGCGGACAUCUUUCAUGACACUGAAAGGGUCCAACAUAAUCAAGAUGGCCAUCAGUCAAGAAAUUCUGAUCCUGCGGAGGCUCGAUGGC